AUGGUCGAUGCGUUCUUCGAUGGCCAGACUAUCCACGUCAAGCAGCGGCGCAAGAAGGGCUUUCCACUUACUCCUAUGCGGAAUGUUCAGCGCGUUUAUGCUGCAUGGAAGCAUUGGAAGCGAGAAAUUCUUCAUAGCCGACAUGCCGAGGCGCCCCUGCUCCUUGCCCCUCCGCCUCGGCGUCAACUGCAGGAUGACGAUUACGCGAUGGCUGCCUCUUCUUCUCUCUACGUCGACUGCCCUGUCGCCCACGCUGCGUCGCGUGCUUCUGCCUUUGGGGGGCCUCCUGCUGCGUCACUGGACAUGAGCAUGGUCAUGCAGACUAAGUGCAAGCCAGGAAGAUCGAGACUGGGUCUUGAUUCAGGAGAAAGGGGCUUUGUUGAUCAAUUGUGGGUCAUCAGUGUUUAUUUUAAUUGGCGUGCUCAAGUUCCCUGCCAGUUGAGCGUUAAUACCAAGGACGGGAAAUGCUUCAGGUCCAAGUCGCAAUGUCCGCAGGAAAUUUGA